AUGGGCGUGCAGGGCUUCCAGGACUACAUCGAGAAGCACUGCCCGAGCGCCGUGGUGCCGGUGGAGCUGCAGAAGCUGGCCCGGGGCAGCCUGGUGGGCGGCGGGCGGCAGCGGCCCCCGCACACGCCGCUGCGCCUGCUGGUGGACGCCGACAACUGCCUGCAUCGCCUCUACGGCGGCUUCUACACCGACUGGGUGAGCGGCGGCCAGUGGAACCACAUGCUCGGCUACCUGGCCGCGCUAGCCAAGGCCUGCUUCGGCGGCAACAUCGAGCUCUUCGUCUUCUUCAACGGCGCGCUUGAGAAGGCGCGGCUGCACGAGUGGGUCAAGCGGCAGGGCAACGAGCGCCAGACGGCGCAGCAGAUCGUCAGCCAUGUCCAGAACAAGGGCACCCCGCCGCCCAAGGUCUGGUUCCUGCCGCCCGUCUGCAUGGCGCACUGCAUCCGCCUGGCGCUCAUCCGCUUCCACGUCAAGGUUGCACAGAGCAUCGAGGACCAUCAUCAAGAAGUGAUCGGUUUCUGCAGAGAAAACGGCUUCCAUGGCUUGGUUGCAUACGACUCUGAUUAUGCACUGUGCAACAUCCCCUACUACUUCAGUGCCCAUGCCCUAAAACUGAGCCGGAAUGGGAAGAGUCUCACCACGAGCCAAUACCUGAUGCAUGAGGUUGCCAAGCAGCUGGACCUGAACCCAAACCGCUUCCCUAUCUUUGCCGCUCUCUUAGGAAAUCACAUUCUACCUGAUGAAGAUCUGGCUUCCUUUCAUUGGAGUUUACUUGGUCCAGAACAUCCACUAGCUUCACUUAAGGUCCGGGCCCACCAGCUGGUCUUGCCACCGUGCGAUGUGGUGAUCAAGGCUGUGGCUGACUAUGUCCGCAACAUCCAGGAUACCUCGGACUUGGAUGCCAUAGCUAAAGAUGUUUUCCAGCAUUCUCAGUCUAGAACAGAUGACAAAGUUAUUCGAUUUAAGAGAGCAAUUGGCUAUUAUUCAGCGACUAGCAAGCCUAUGGCAUUUCACCCACCACAUUACCUAGCCAGACCAAAUCCGUUUGGAAUGCCUGGGAUAGUGCCACCGUAUGUCCCCCCCCAGAUGCUCAACAUUCCACAGACCUCUCUGCAAGCAAAGCCUGUGGCCCCCCAGGUGCCCAGCCCAGGUGCUCCUGGCCAGGGUCCACACCCGUACAACCUCGCUGAGCCGGCUCUCACCUUGGAAACCAGCGGAAAGAAUCUGACUGAGCAGAACUACAGUAACAUUCCUCAUGAAGGAAAACAUACCCCACUGUAUGAACGGUCCUCCCCAAUCAACCCAGCUCCAAGCGGCAGUCCCAAUCACGUGGACUCAGCAUACUUUCCUGGUUCUUCUACGUCAUCAUCUUCAGACAAUGAUGAAGGCAGUGGAGGAGCUGCAAACCAUAUCAGUGGGAACAAGAUUGGCUGGGAGAAGACAGGAAGCCAUUCAGAACCUCAAGCACGGGGAGACCCAGGAGACCAAACAAAGGCAGAAGGUUCGUCCACUGCCUCUUCUGGCAGCCAGCUUGCUGAAGGAAAGGGGAACCAGACUGGCACUGUUCAGCCAAUUCCGUGCCUCCUGUCCAUGCCCACCAGGAACCACAUGGACAUCACCACCCCACCCCUGCCUCCUGUCGCGCCUGAGGUGCUGAGAGUGGCCGAGCACCGGCACAAGAAGGGGCUGAUGUACCCCUACAUCUUCCACGUCCUGACAAAGGGUGAAAUCAAAAUUGCUGUUUCUAUUGAAGAUGAAGCCAGCAAAGACCUGCCUCCCGCCGCCCUGCUCUAUAGGCCAGUUCGUCAGUAUGUUUACGGAGUCCUGUUUAGCUUGGCAGAAAGCAGAAAGAAAACUGAGAGACUUGCUUUUAGAAAGAACAGACUUCCACCAGAAUUUUCACCAGUGAUCAUUAAAGAGUGGGCUGCUUACAAAGGGAAAUCGCCGCAAACCCCGGAAUUGGUGGAAGCUCUUGCCUUCAGGGAAUGGACCUGCCCCAAUCUGAAGAGACUGUGGCUGGGGAAGGCGGUGGAGGACAAGAACCGCAGAAUGAGGGCCUUCCUGGCCUGCAUGAGGUCAGACACACCAGCCAUGCUCAACCCAGCCAGCGUGCCCACUCAUCUCACGGUGCUGUGCUGCGUCCUACGGUAUAUGGUGCAGUGGCCUGGAGCACGGAUACUGCGUCGCCAGGAGCUGGAUGCCUUCCUGGCUCAGGCGCUGUCCCCCAAACUCUAUGAGCCUGAUCAGCUGCAGGAGCUCAAGAUUGAGAACCUCGACCCCCGAGGCAUUCAGCUGUCAGCUCUCUUCAUGAGUGGCGUGGACAUGGCCCUGUUUGCAAACGACGCAUGUGGCCAGCCAGUACCCUGGGAACACUGCUGUCCUUGGAUGUAUUUUGAUGGGAAGCUCUUCCAGUCCAAACUCCUCAAAGCAAGUCGGGAAAAGACCCCACUCAUCGACCUCUGUGAUGGUCAGGCCGAGCAAGCUGCCAAGGUAGAAAAGAUGCGACAAAGCAUCCUGGAAGGGCUGAACUUCUCCCGGCAGAGCCACCCACUCCCCUUCCCACCGCCAGCGGCGCUGCCUUUCUACCCCACCUCUGUGUACCCACGGCACUUCGGGCCCGUCCCCCCGGCCCAGGGCCGAGGGCGGGGCUUUGCAGGAGUCUGUGGCUUUGGAGGCCCCUAUGGGGAAACUGUAGCGACAGGCGCUUACCGUGCCUUCCGAGUGGCGACAGCAGCAGGACACUGUGGAGCCUUCUCAGGCAGUGACAGCAGCAGGACUAGCAAGUCACAGGGCGGAAUCCAACCUAUACCUUCUCAGGGAGGGAAGCUAGAAAUAGCUGGCACCGUGGUUGGCCACUGGGCUGGGAGCAGACGGGGCCGAGGAGGCCGUGGGCCUUUCCCCCUGCAGGUAGUUUCUGUUGGAGGACCAGCAAGAGGGCGUCCAAGAGGAGUUAUUUCCACUCCAGUGAUCCGAACAUUUGGAAGAGGUGGAAGGUACUAUGGCAGAGGCUAUAAAAACCAGGGUGCGAUUCAGGGCAAGCCUCCUUAUGCUGCUUCAGCGGAAGAAGUGGCCAAAGAACUGAAGUCGAGAUCCGGGGAAUCUAAAUCCUCCGCCAUGUCUUCAGACGGGUCCCUGGCUGAAAACGGAGCGGUGGCUGAGGAGAAGCCGGCCCCCCAGAUGAACGGGAGCGCGGGCGACACCAGGGCCCCCGGCCACUCGGAAAGUGCCUUGAACAAUGACUCUAAGACGUGCAAUACGAAUCCUCACAUAAAUGCACUAAGUACAGACAGUGCUUGCCGCAGGGCUGAUACUCUGGAGGCAGCUGUCUUAAAGAAAGAAGAGUAA